CUGGACGUCGCUUUUACCAUAACACCCUCAAAAUUUCCAUAUUACCCCUUUCGCCCUUCUCCCCUUCUUCUUCCCGUGCUCUCUCCCCGGCCAUUCGAGCCCCCAAACGCCAAAUCCAGAGAGCUCGUCUCUCUCUCCCUCCCUCCCCUCCUCCUCCUCUCUCUUUUCCUCAGAAUGAAACCCUAGCGGUUCCAAACCUUAACCCUUCUCCCCCCUCCUCCUCCGUCUCUUCCAGAAUCUAGGGCUUCUGCCUCGGUCCCCCCGCCCUGUUCUGUUGUCUGAAUCUAGGGAUCUUCGCCAUUAAAUUCGUAAUUCUUUCUCGUUUUCUCGCCAUUUUAAGUAUGUUGGGGCGAGUCGAUUGAGCUGGUCCGAAGGGUAAAGUCGGCAUCUAGGGGCGGAAGAUAUGUACAGGGAUCGAGGAGUGAGCGGAUCGAAGUUGGAGAUCGGCCCCCUCGAUCGGAAGCGGAUCAAUGAUGCCUUAGACAAGCACCUGGAGAAGUCGUCGCCGUCGACUUCUCGUGGGUUGAACGGGAGGGAGAAGGAGCGGCUCUCCUUGCCGUCCACCUCUGCCGGAAAGCAGCCGGACCACUAUCGGGACCAGCGGGCUGCCCCUCUUGCCAAGAACAAAUACUCAGAUGAAGAAUCUGAAACAGACAAUGAAGGGUCAGAUGUUAGUGGUUCUGAUGGCGAUGACACAUCUUGGAUUUCAUGGUUCUGUAAUCUAAGAGGGAAUGAGUUCUUUUGCGAAGUUGAUGAUGAAUACAUACAGGAUGACUUCAACCUUUGUGGGUUAAGCAGUCAAGUUCCUUACUAUGACUAUGCUCUGGAUCUGAUUUUGGAUGUUGAAUCCUCUCAUGGUGAUAUGUUUACCGAGGAACAAAAUGAGUUGGUUGAGUCAGCAGCAGAGAUGUUAUAUGGUUUGAUUCAUGUAAGAUACAUUUUAACCAGUAAAGGGAUGGCUGCAAUGUUAGAGAAGUACAAAAAUUAUGAUUUUGGAAGAUGCCCUAGAGUAUAUUGCUGUGGUCAACCAUGCCUUCCACUUGGGCAAUCUGACAUUCCUCGAUCCAGUACUGUGAAAAUCUAUUGUCCAAAAUGUGAAGAUAUAUACUAUCCAAGAUCCAAGUACCAAGGCAGUAUCCUUUCAAUGUUGAUGGAGCUUACUUCGGUACCACAUUUUCUCACUUGUUCCUGAUGACGUAUGGGCACCUAAAGCCGCAGAAGCCAUUGCAGCGAUACAUUCCAAGAGUCUUUGGCUUUAAAAUUCGCAAACCAUGAUGUUUUACGAGGCUUGUCAUAUCAUGAAACAGCUCAUGGGUUCUUCAUGCUGUUCACGGAGAUGCUUUGGCAAGGGCAAAGCUGUUGCAGUGAGAGUGCAUCAUCGAACUAUUUCCUGAUUUUAUAUAAGAAAACAUCUGAUUAUAUAAGAAAGCAUCUGAAAUGUGCUGACUUAUUCAUUAAGCUAUAGUGAAGCUAUUGUUUUAUUUUAUCUCAGCUGUACUCCUGUAACUAAAGAGCAUGAGCAAGUUUUUCUUGGUUGUGGAUUAUUGCUGAUGCCUCAA